GCGCUCAAUUAAUUUGUACGUUGUAUCGAAUUCUUGAACGAAAAGUUUUGAAAGCCCGCGUAUUUUUUGAUUAAAUCUAUUUUGAAAUUUUAUUUUCAACUUUACUUAUUGUAUAUACCAUCACAAUAUAAUUUUUAUAAUAUGCUGGAAGAUAUUAAUUUAAAUAUAAUUGUAUCAAACAUUUUGAGUGAGAAACGCUACAGUCAUUGCAGGUUAUGUUUAAAGACUAUUAAAAACCAAUAUGUUCGUUUUGAUGAUGCGGUCUCUUUAUAUCCAUCUAGUGGUAUUUUUCAGCCGCUUUCCGAAAUUCUGACAAAACUUUUUAAUGAAAAUAUUUGUGAUGAAAUAACCGGUGUUGAAGCAGUUUGUACGGAUUGUGUUAAUAUUGCGCUCUCAUCAGCUCGUUUUCUAGAAAAAUGUCAGAAUUCGUCGCAUAUUCUGAAUCGAGUAUUUGAAAAGCUCUCGGAUAACUUCAACACUGAUAUUAGUACAAGCGAUACCAAUAAAACCUUAUAUAUUGUGAUAGACGACUUAGAAUCAAAAAUUCUGCUUGUGGAUAAACCUCAAAAGAAGCAAAAACCAAUAGUAACCAAGCUACCUUUUGAAUGUCAUAUCUGUGAUGAAUAUUUUUAUACAUUUGCAGAUAUAAAGGCUCACAACUUAGCAAUACAUGGAACUUUGACAUGUGAUAAGUGUAAUGAAACAUUUGAGAGUGACAUUGAUUUGGUCUCUCAUGAGAGUCUUAGCCAUAAGUAUAAAUGUCCUGAGUGUCCACAAUAUAGAAGUACCGAGGAAGGCUUACAAGACCAUCAAAAUAUGCUUCAUAAUAUAUAUGUUUGUAAAGAAUGCGGAAAACCUUGUCGUGGCCUGGAUAAAUUACAUAUACAUGAAGAUAAGCAUAAAACAAAAAGUUCCUGUCCAAAGUGUGGAAAAACUUAUACAACUAAAGAAUUUUAUGAAAAGCAUGUUAAGUUAUGCCUUAACAAUUUAAUUGAUCCUCAUCCAAUAAGAAGUAAUAUGGAGAAAACCUAUAGUUGUGAGAAAUGUGAAAAAGCCUAUAGUACCCCAGGGGGACUAAGAGUGCACAAUCGGUUUGCACACGGAAAUGCUAAGCCUCAUGUAUGUAAAGAAUGUGGAAAGAAGUUCACUGCACCCAGUUACUUGAAGGUCCACAUGAUAAAACAUACGGGUGAAAAGAAUUAUAAAUGUGAUAUUUGUAACAGUAGAUUUGUUUCAAAAGAAGCACUUCUAUAUCAUACUCGAAGACAUACCGGUGAAAAGCCAUAUACUUGUAAAUUUUGUAGUGAAAGAUUUGUUAAUGCUUCUGCUAGAGCUGAACAUAUUAAGUUUAAACAUGUGGGACCAACUUUAAUGUGCGAGAUUUGUUCACGAAAAUUUGUCACGACACAUUUCUUGAAGCAACACAUAAGUAGACAUCACGACCCAACUAGCAAAUUGUAUUAUGGUAGAAACAUGAUACCUCCAAAUCUACCAGUUGAACAGAACAUGCGAAGGUUUAUUAUUAAAACUGAAAAUUAACUGUGAUAUAUUACAUGACCACACAAACCAAGCCGCAAUUUAGUUAUAAAGAUAUAAAAUUGUUUACUAAUAUUGUGUCUGUUAAUUGUAUCACUUAAAAACUUAGUUAUUGUAAAAAUUAUGACUUCUACUUGGUUAAUUUUAGGUUAU